GUCGCGGUGCUCUACGGGUCGCAGACGGGCAACGCGUCCUGCAUCGCCGCGGACAUCGGCGACGAGCUGCGGGCGCGGUCGCCCGCCUGCGACGUCGUCGUCGGCCCGCUCGACUCGUGGCGCGACCGCCGCGCCGACGGCGGCCAGGUGCUCGGCCCCGGGUCCGUCUGCGUCUGCGUGACGUCGACGACGGGCAACGGCGACGCGCCGGACAGCGCGGACCGCUUCUGGCGCUUCGCGCGCAAGCGGAGCCAGCCCGGGGACCUCUUCGCGGGCGUCCGCUACGCGGUGCUGGCCCUCGGCGACACGAACUACGACAAGUUCUGCCACGUGGGCAAGACCAUCGACAAGCGCCUCGGCGAGCUCGGGGGCGAGCGGUUCUACGGGCUGGCCUGCGCCGAC